UCGCUAGUCCGCUACGUUCGCCACCUGGGAGCCGCACGUCAAGCCGCGACCUGGCACGCCCCGGCUGCGCCACCCGGGCCGCUUCCGCCCACCGCGCGGACCAUAUAGUAGGAGAUCCCAAACCCCCUCUCGCGAACAUUCCACUGUUGCACACACCUUUGCCCCCGUCCUCCCCCCGCCCGAUCCCCCGCCCCUCCGUUUUCGGCGCGGCCGCGAGGAGAGUUCGUCGGCGGCCGCGAUGAGGUCGGCCCUGAGCCGCCUGAUCCGUUCCUCCUGCUCCGUCUCGUCCUCCCGUCUCAGCUCUCCAGUUUUGUUGAAGAACGGCAAGGCCUUCUCGAGCGAUGCCACGCCCAGGGAUUCCGGGCGGGUCGACGAGCCUUUCAAAGUCGAGGAGGCAGAACCCGUGAAGGUGCCGCCGCCACCGCCUUCUCCUGAUAAGCUGCUUGUGCUAGGUGGAAGUGGCUUCGUUGGUUCACAUGUUUGCAAGGAGGCUUUGGAGAGGGGAUUUGUUGUCUCUAGUCUAAAUAGAUCUGGAAAGCCAUCGACAAGUGAAUCUUGGGCUGACAAAGUUAUAUGGAACCAAGGCAAUCUUCUUGAACCUGCUUCACUGGAGGAUAGUAUGGAUGGUGUCUCUGCUGUUGUAUCCUGUGUUGGAGGCUUUGGGUCAAAUUCUCAAAUGUUCAAACUGAAUGGGACUGCAAACAUCAAUGCCAUCAGGGUUGCAGCUGAGAAAGGCAUAAAAAGAUUUGUGUAUGUGUCAGCUGCAGACUUUGGUUUAGUGAAUUACUUAUUGCAAGGUUAUUAUGAGGGCAAGAGAGCUGCUGAAGCUGAACUGCUGUCGAAGUUUACCUAUGGAGGAGUGAUACUGCGGCCUGGUUUUAUUCAUGGAACUCGUCGAGUGGGUAGCGUGAACAUACCCCUUGGACUUGUGGGUUCACCUAUGCAAAUGGUGCUCCAAAAUGCAAAACCAUUAACCAGAUUGCCACUUGUCGGCUCGAUGCUAACUCCUCCAGUGAGUGCUACCUCGGUAGCGAAGGUCGCUGUAAGAGCAGCGACGGAUCCGGUGUUCCCUCCUGGUAUCGUCGAUGUGUAUGGCAUCAUGCGUUACAGCGAGCAGAAGUAAGCGCAUGCUUGUACAGGACGAUAAGGCGUGUCUCCACCCAUCUUUUUUACCUGGUUUUUCCUAUUUGCUCUAAAUGUGUAAGCAGACAUCACAAGGCCAUGAGGCCUCAGCUACGGCCGCAGAUUCUCUGACAGUUCUAUCCUGGCGUGGCCCUGUUUGCCUGAUCUACUUACUAGGCAAGGAUGCUCAAUAAAGAAGCAGUUAACCUCGAGUUUCCUGUUGGAAACUGUUUUUACAUGCUUGUUGCUUGUAAGUGUUCCUUUUAGUUACUGUAGAGAGCAGGUUAAGAUUUGUAACUUCGAGUUUAUGAUAAGGAAAACUCUAUUCCUGGUCG